AUGUGUCUUGCCCAGAGGCUGCGUCAUGAUGAUGAUGCCUUCAUUGGUGAUCGUCAUGCGCGGUCUGGCCUUUGGCGUGCGCCUUCCUAUCGUAAGGAGCAGCGCCGUAGUAGUUCCCCUGCACCCAACAACCACUGCAAGGAUAGCAAAGGGCCCUCGUUCCAUAUUGUCAAAUCUUCUGAUCGCCGCACUUCUGACAAUAAGGGCAAAGAAAAAACGUCUUCUUUACCCUCCCUGAAUAAUAGAUGCACUGGGUCUGUAAACGCCCGUCAUGAUGUACAGAACCCUUCAUCACAUGGCGUACCAUCUGUACAGUCCGUGGAUAGAUUUCUGGACAGCAUCGACUUGAGCAUUACUCCUUCAUGCAAUCCGGUACUUGCUAAGAGCAAGGUUCCCGCGACUCCAAUUCAACAAGUCCUUCCUCCGACUCCUGUAUCCAUCGCACCCAUUUCCCUGCCUUUGCCAGGAUCUCCUACAGUUGAGCUUCGACCAAUCCCCUUCACUUUCGGACCGGAGAGGCUUAGUCUUUUGCACCACGGACACCCCUUGAGUUACGACUUAAAUCUACUUCCUGAUGACCCUAUUGGUCCUAUCACAUUGCUUGGAGCAACUCAGAGCGAACCUGGCGCAUAUCUCGUUGCCGCAGCACACUAUAGGCGGACUGGCCGUUCUCGUGCAGCGUGCAAAGUGAUCAGGGCCUUGCUUGGCAAGCACGCCCCUGCUACUAUUGCGGGUGGUGACUUGACUGAGGAAAACAAAGAAAAUGACGUUAACACCCCAGCUCACGAAGUCGCUGUCUUGCGAUCUGCCAUUCUUGUUCUCGCAGCCUGUCAGCUGGACAUAAGCCGCGAUUCUUCAUCUCCCGAAGAGAAGAUCGCAUAUGCUACCACUGCUCAAGAACUUUUCCGUUCAAUAUACGGAACGAAAAACAACUUCAUUGCCUCCGAGUCAGGAAAUACUAGUACGGAUGUAAACGCCCUAGGAUUGGCUUUUGCAGAUCGCGCCCGAAUUCCUUCUACGACCAACAGUAACCUACCAACUUCUAUGUCCAAACAAACAUCAGGCGUCCCCACUGCUCCUGCUUCUACUCGUAUUCUAGCUCUGGAGGAUGAGCUCCGUCUCACGCGCACAGCCAAGUCCACGAUUGAGGCCGACCUUGCCGCUGCGAGGAAACGCCAGGAACGCACCGACCUGUCUAUCAGAGAAGCCGAGACCCGUUCUCGUGAUACCCUCCGAUUACUUGAGACCGAGAGGGAUGAAGUCCACAUUUUGAAGCGUCGACUCGCGGAGACGGAGCAGAAGGUGUCAGAAAUGGAGCAGUCAGCUGCUGGUGCCGAGUCACGCGUGUGGGUGAGGCUGCGGGACAUGAUUUAUGACCAGUUUGGAAGCACGAGGGGUUUUUGA